AUGACGCCACGAAGCCUAUCUCUCCGGGUGUCUGAAGCACCCCUGGAGAACGUGUCGUACAUGUCAGCCAAAGUCCCCGAGAUCAACCAUAAUGUCUCGGACGAAGUCGAUCUUACCGGCUAUUCUAAGCUUGAUCAAAUCGUAUCAUGCAAGAACUUUGACUCCGGUGAGCAUGAACACGAGUAA